GAAUAGCAAGCUUGAGACACAGAACAAAGAAAGUUAAAAGUCAAGAUGGGACAAAGUCACUCAAAGCGGUAUAAAUCUCGCCGGUACCAGUUCGGAGAUGAACCGGUUCAACCUGCCACAUCACCGGGAAAACAACGCCGGUUCACCCGGAAACCGAAGAAUGUCUCACAGCACAUCGCCCACCACAGCCACCAAAUGGCCCAUCAUAGCCAAUAUACCGAACAACCGAGCCAACCGAUACAAUACAGAAGGCGAUCCAGUCAGGAUUACCUUAGUUCCCAAUUGAGAGAUGACGAGAUGGAAAGUCGGCCGCUGCCCCAGUCCUGGCACGAGACCCGGUUCCAUCCACUCGCCUCAGCUGUACCGGAUGUGAGGUCGAGGAUGACCGGAAAUUACCGCCCACACGCAGCACAUUUAGUUCGCAGAGAGACUUCUUUCGCAACCCAUGAAGAAGAUAAUAUUACAUCAAUGGGAUAUCACUCAAUGGAAAGGAGGGAAAGUUAUUAUGGAGUAAGGGACUCUUCAUUUGUACCGAUUUCAACUCGACUCGAAAGGUCAGAGGUCACAGAUCUGGAGAUCAAGGAGCUUGUCGAGGAGCUACGGGAUUCGGACUGGAUGCGUCUUGGUAGCCAUCUUGGAAUAUCCAGCAGUAGACUUGCCGCAUUCAAGGAGCGUUACCUUGGAAACGUACCUCUUUGUGCCAUGGAAGUUCUGUUGCUAUGGAAAAACAACUGUUCUGAGGUGAUCAAUCCAAGAUCUCACCUAGCCUUAGCGCUGUCAACAGUUGGGCGUGAAGAUCUUUACAAUAAAAUCAAACGAAGAACGUAUAUACUCGAAGCAGAAUCCAGGGCAGCUAGGAAUAGAAGACAAGGAACCGAGUCCACACCAAACAUACCUUACAUCAUUAAUGACGAUGACAAAAGAACAACGAUGACUACAGAGCGAAGUUACGAUAAAACCGAGUCAGGAGUGGAAACAUUUGAGUCUUUAAGCGACAGUCUCGAGGACGAAUCGGAUGAGGACAACGAAACAAGGUGGCAGAGACACAAUGUCAUACACGUCCCCAUUGAAGUCCUCAGCGACAACGAACAGCGAUCUCAGUCACCCAAACCAAAGUCCAUCACCGUUCCUAUUAUCACAACCGAUCCACAUGAAUGUACCGCUCCAUCCUCAUCGGCGCCUUCUGCUAAAGAUGAUUCUGUUAACCACCCAACGGUGUCUGAUAAAGCAGGAGUUUAUGAAUCCAAAAGCGACGAUGACACUGGUUCAGUAGAUCUUGAUCCAAGUUCUAGUCAGUUAGAACCCUACCCGGGGACGGUCACAAGCCGUUUAGAUCCAGUUGACCCAGGCGAAACUGUAGCAGUUGCCGUCUUGAAAUCAGUCGAUGGAACUAUCACCAUACAAAAUGAUCCUAUAGAAACUCAAAGAGUUCAUCCGCUUGGUCGCGUCACCAGUAUACCAGACAGAUCUGAAAAUACGCAAAAACCAGCUCCUACCGAUCAUAAGCGUAGUUCAAAACCGGAUGUCUCGAAAAGUACUGGACCUCCCAAAUCCUUGAGAAAAUCAACACCAAAGUCUACUGUCUCAAAGACCAAGAUGGAGUUAUCAUUGGAAGAACUCCGUAUAAUAUCCACAGAGAUCAGGUCUACAUCGGAAUGGCACACAUUAGGCAAACGGCUGGGCCUAAACCAAAACGACAUUAAGAAUGUGUCAAAGGCGAACGGAGAGGGCGUGGCGCAAUGUGCAUUUUCGGUUCUUAAGCUUUGGAAGAAACGCUCUGGCAACGCACCUCAGGGAAGACGGAUACUUGCUGCUGUUUCCUCUGAUCUGGGUCGAGAUGAUCUUUAUGCAGCCAUUACCAAUAAUAAACUUCUGAGCAGGAUUCAAUCCCUUGAAGAUAGCGUAGCAAGAUGGCAAGACGCCUUAAAGGAGAGGUAUGUCAGCGAUGACUUUGAUGCAAUAAAGAGCCAGCAUUACUUGGAGAUCCCAGCGGUGUAUCAGAAUGAACGUGGGCAGAAGGAAACCUUUAAGAGUAGGCACGACGUCCUAAGUGCUCACCAGAGGGGCAAGCAACAACCGCCAUUUAUCCUUCUACACGGGGACGCGGGUUGUGGUAAAACGGGUCUUCUGAAGAGGCUGGCUCUAGACUGGGCGGAAGGCAACGAGCAAUCACCUCUUUCCAAAGUUCCGUUAGUUCUCUUCUUCACCCUUGGGGAGUUGCGACGAUGUCGUAGCAUCGGAGAAGCAGUGGUCAAGCACCUCCUGUUUACGGACGCUUCAACAACGACCAGAAUGGUUGAUGGUUACCUUAGAAUGCACCCAAAGAACUCCGUUCUCCUGAUAGAUGGGUUUGAUGUCUCCCGCUCACAAGGUGACCUUCGGGCAGUACAGAAGUUUCGAGACAUAGUACAGUGCCAGGUGAUUGUUUCAAGUAGGGCGUGUCUACCAGAAAGUGAGGACUCCACACGUAAGGUACUCUCAGUUGAGAUGCAAGGUCUCAGUUUUGACCUCCAAAGCGAAUUCAUCCGUUCGUUUUUCGAAUCUGAUGAAGCAAGGGGCAUUGAGCUUCUUCAACACGUAGGCAGCGAUGAUGUAUUGUUGUCAUUCUGCUCGCGACCAAUGUUUCUUGUAACUAUUUGCAAGUUAUGGGAGAAUCAUGCUCAGCUUCAUGACAUCAACACGCCCUCAGAUAUCAUUACUUCUUCGCUAGUUCUCUGCUUCAUUGGUCAUGAAGAUGUAGCGAAUGUGGUUGAGGCAGUUAGAAAUGUAAUGUCAGGGCUCAGUCGUGUAGCACUGGAGAGCGUCUUGAAACCAAACGGCCAUCUAACAUUCAAGACAAAGGACCUGGCAGACAGUGAACGAGAGUGUGCAGAACUCGCUGAGAGAGUAGGUUUGAUCAGAUGUACCCUUUCCACCGCCGAUGAUUCAGUUUCAAGCAAAGAGGACAGGGAGUGGUCUUUCUGUCACCCACUAGUGCACGAGAAAUGCGCAGCAAUCGGUCUGGCAAGGCUUCACCGGACUGACCCACAGAUAUUUGAAGAUAUCUUAUCUUCCAUUGGAACUAUUGCAGACUGUGAGUCUCUGAGAUUUAUAUUAACAUUUGCUUCCGGUGAAAGUCCUGAUGUCGCUAAGAGAAUUCUGAGAGUUCUUGGUGAUUUAGCCUGGAAGGACCCUGGUUCAACGUUGGCGGCUCAAGAGCUUGUAUUGAAAUGUAACUUUGAGUGUCACAGAAAUGAUGCCUUGAACCGCGAACUUCAAAUUAACCUAAGGUCCCUUCAAAUUACAGCGUUCACAAAGAGAUUCUUGAUAGAUGUCGCUUUCAGGUACUUCAUCCUGAAUUCUGUUAGGGAAGCUGAGGAACCAGUUCAUAUAGAGAAAGUCCAGUUCUGCAUUGCAUCUCGAAUUGAUAUGGACUAUGCUACGGCUUGUUUACAGAAUGGUUACUUCUCAUCCGUGCCAGAAAUGAUCUUUGACAUGCCACACACAUUCAGUCCCUCAAGAGAAGCCUUACGAAGACUAUCCGAUGACGUCGUUAUACCUACCCUCCGGCGUCUGAGGGUGAACUCAAUCUUCUCUACGAGCGAUUUUAUCUCUAAUCUCCAUUCUUCCGAGACCCUGGAAGAGCUCACGGGCACGGAUGUUGAUCCAAAGUACAUAAACCUACCAGCAUGGUGCCGGAACUAUCCCAAUCUGAAAGUACUGAGUCUUUCGUGUAUCAUGUACCACGACCCAGGGAAUGUGGACAGCCACCGGAACAGCCUCAAAGGUCUUGACAAUGUCCUGGGCAACCUAACCAAUUUAGAGCAUCUCCAGCUAAGCAACUUCUUCAGCUCCGAGACACUGAUCCAAAUCCUGACCAUGGUUCUUCAGACGUUGCCGAAGGUGUCCCACAUCAAGGCAGGACCCUCGGGUGACCAACUCCGUCACUAUGCUGAAGAAGUCGAGGAAACAUGUGGGGAAGUCUCAGACGCUACCAUCCAAAGUUUCGUCAAGGCCACCAAGAAGUCAGCAUCUCUGAAGAUCCUUCAACUGUCAUGCUUCGGAAACUUUGAGAAGCUUUAUCAGAUGCUGCGGUCGGAAACGGGAUCAAAGGGACGAAGUGGAAGUGAGCUGCAAUUCUCGUCACCACGUGGAGAAGAUGGAUAUUGGGUAUUCAAACGGUAGUGGAAACAUGGACACCUAACGCAAGUCAUGUGACCCUACCGUUGUCACGAUCUUGAUCUAAUUCAUGGCUAUGUAAGCUUCGGCUAGGGGACCAAUACUUACGGUUCAUGAAAAGCAUGUGAUUUUCAGUGAUUUUCACCGACUAAUUUGUUCGCUGCUAAUCAGAUGCAAUGAUAUGCUGUAGCUUAUGAAAUGCUCCCCAGUGUUGCCGCUGCUUUCCAAGUUGUGGCCUUCGUGAUCAUUACAAUUUUCGUAUAGAAACUGUAAAAAUCAUGUUCAUGAACACGAAAUGCAUGGUGUUUUUUUCUAAAAGGUCUUCUAAAUGAGCUCUACUCGAAGCUAAGCAUUUCCUUGCCGAAGUUAGCAGAUUGCGACCAUUAAUUAACUUUGACUUGAUUUUUUUUUCAAAAGUGGAAAAAAAGAGUUAUUUUACCAAACAGCGUUCUCUUAAUUCAAAAAUAUUUUUAGGGCAAUAUGUACCCGUUUACUGAAAAGAAAAAUGUUAAAAAUAAGUUAAACUAUUAGCAGCACUUAAAAUAGGGGGUCGGGUUCUUCAUUUAACGGACCAGACACGGUCAUCUUCUAACGCAGAGUGACAGGAUCAGUGACGCCUUUGUCCGUGACUCUUGACCUUCUUUGCAUGUUAUUCAAGUUGUGGAGACUGUAAUUUGCAACCUUGUUUGCACACAUUUCGUAUGCUUUCCGUUUGAUUUCAUCCAAAAAAAAUCAAUUCUACUUCGUCUAGAACCAGAGCCCGCAAAACAAAGAUUAGCGAUUAAUCUCUAAAUGGAUUGGCCUAUGAAAAUCCUCGUUACACGCGCAUUUUGCUCAGUGGACUGACUAACGAAUCAAUCAGAAUUGUUCUUUCAGAUCAGAGGUUUAUCGCUCACCCUUGUGAUACGGGGCCCAGAUGGUCCUGAAUGUCAUUGAGACCAUUUAACUCUUUGUCCAAUUUCCUGUUUGGGUGUCCAUUUUUUCUUCAAUUCAUACCCACCCGGUUUAACACCACUUUAUUAGAUGACCUGCACAUUAAUCAGAUUUCCAUUUGACCAAGAGCAAAAUAAUUAGUAAAAGAAGUGAAAAUUAGACCAUCUGGCCAUUCCAUUAGACUAAAAAAGGAAUAGAGUAUUAGACCAAGUAUAGUGUAGACCAAAUUGAUAGUAGAACAAACGGGUUAGCCUUAGUGGCAUUAGGCUGAGAAGUAAACAGGCCUACUAAAUAGGUUAACGACUGUGGCUUCCAUGCCAACUUAUUUACAAUUUCAUUCAUAGUCUAUUAAACGUGCGUAUAUUUUGUUGAUUGUUAUGACCAUUAUGGUUAGCCAAUUGUAAUGUUUUGGUUUUAUAUAGAUGGGGAUUAGAUGACACCUCUGCAAGCGAACAUUAUUGCAAUAACCAUUUAUCAUAGUCUUACUUCUUAUCAUCUUGCUGUGUAUUUCUACGAUAUUCAAUGAAAUAUUUUUGAUUGGUUUAUCAUGUCUAUAUCACAUAUGUUUUCUUGUUUAUAAUCUAUAAACUCAAUGAUGACCUACAGAGUCAUCAAGAAGUUCAUUUUCAUAUAUGAAAUUUAGAAGGACUAUAUAUACUUCCAUACAUUAUGCAAUUAGCAUGAUCAGUAAGGCAUCUGUAGUAUGAGAACAAAAACUUUUAGAAUUAACAUCGAAUUAUUUGCAUAUCCAUACAUAAACAGUACCUAGCGCUCACACUCAUAGGAAAAGAAUGAUGAUCGAAGAAGGAGAAGAAGAAGAAGAGGAGGAAGGAGAAGAUAAUAUUAGUGGAAGAAGAUGAUGAUGAAGAAGAAGUAGAAGAAGAAGAAAAAGCAAAGAAUAAGAAGAAGAGGAAAAGGGGUAAGAGGAAAAAGGGGUUCUCAGAAGAUCUUUUUUUUAAUACAUAUUCAAAUCUGAAAUACAAACCAGUAGAUAUACGCAGCAUUGUGCACACACGACAAUGUAUGCAUGUAAUCACAUACUUUACAUAUAACUCUUGCGAUGUAUCAUUUUUAGACCCAAGCACAGAAUAAUUUUGAAUGACCUAUUUUGAUGUUGUCUUAAGUUUGUAUUUCUUCUUUAAAGGUAAAGUCCACCCCAGAAAAAUGUUGAUUUGAAUAAAUAGAGAAAAUAGUGAGUGGAUGACGUCAUCAGUCUCCUCAUUUGCAUACCGAACAGGAUGUGCAUAAAUUAAAACUAUUAUGUAAAAUCAAGCGAAACUUUAAAAUGUCAUAACUUAUUUUACAUCCGAUUUUGAUGAAAUUUUCAGUGUUAUGUUUGUCGGAUUUUUCUCUUUUUAUUCAAAUCGACUUUUUAUUGAUGUGGACUUGUCCUUUAACCAAAUCACUGAAAUAGUACUUCCUAAAUAAUUAAAAUGACAAUCGGUGUGAUUAAAAAUUGUACAUGGCUUUGUAUACAUCGAUUGGUAUGUAUAUUUUAAAUAAAUACGUAUUUUUAUUACUGGAAAGUAUCAGUUCAGUUUGAUGAUGUAU